GUUUUUUUUUCCAUUGUGUUUGAGAAGUUUUAAAUUUUUGUGUCGGGUUACGAGUGUACUGAGAAAAGCUCAAGGCGCUCACAGGGAAUACUAGAGAAGCGGGAAAAGCUUCCCACCAGAUUUAAUUGGGGCUGGACAAUUUGAUAGAAUUUCAUUUGUAAUUCUUGCAUUUCAGACAUGUCAGAUAUUAGAAAAUGGUUUGUGAAGAAACAUGACAAGGAUAAUUCCAAUGCAGCGAAACCGGCCGCUGCGAAACCGGCCGCUUCGAAACCGGCAUCUGAAAAACCUUCAGCCACUACUUCUGAAACCCAGAAAGCGGUAGGUCAAGAAAGUGCUGCACGAAGGAAAACAAGCAAAUACUUUGAUAAAGAUCAAGAGAAAUCGAAAGUUGGGACCCAAAAAAUGGAGGUGCCUGCCAAACCUUCACCUGCGAAGAAGGUUCACAAAUUAGAGGAGGAAAAUGUUGAUGAUGAUGAUGACGACUUUGCUCCAAUUAGUUCCAAAAAAAAGUCAGUUGAUGCUACUCCUAGCAAAAAGCUAAAGGGAAGUUCAGGAAGGGGUAUUGCAAAGAAAAACGUGGUUGUUGAUGAAAGUGAUGAGGAAAUGGACGAGGAAAAGGAGACUCCAACGCCUGUCAAAUCUGCCGGAAGGGUUCGUGGUAGGGGAGCAGCACCUGCCACUGCUGCUGGUGGAGGAGGAAGGGGACGUGGACGAGGCGGAUUUAUGAACUUUGGUGAGAGGAAAGAUCCACCUCACAAAGGAGAAAAGGAAGUUCCUGAAGGCUCUCCUGAUUGUUUAGCUGGGUUGACUUUUGUAAUUUCUGGGACACUUGACAGUUUGGAAAGGGAAGAAGCAGAAGAUUUAAUCAAGAGACAUGGAGGUCGUGUUACCGGAUCUGUUAGCAAGAAGACGAAUUUUCUUUUAUGUGAUGAUGAUAUUGGGGGACGGAAAUCUGAAAAGGCGAAAGAAUUGGGAACACCCUUUCUUACAGAGGAUGGUUUGUUUGAUAUGAUCCAAAAGUCAAAAAAAUCAAAAACGCCUGACCAAUGCAAUUCAAAGAAACCAUCUGAAAGCACUCCGUCAUCAUCUGCAAAGAAAAUUCAGCAGAAUGUGGUUGUGAAAAAAGCUGAUGUGGGAAGCUAUUCUGCCAACAGUCAGGCUCCCAAGUCUUCAACACCUGCUAAGAAAAAGGAUUUGUCAAAGCAAGGUCCUUCCUUGACAUGGACCGAGAAAUACAAGCCCAAAGUUCCAAAUGAAAUAAUUGGCAAUCAAAAGCUUGUUAAAGAUCUUCAUGAUUGGUUAUCACAUUGGGAUGAGCAAUUUUUGCAUAAUAAAGGAAAGAGGAAAAGGGAAAGCAAUUCUGCUGAGAAAAAGGCUGUCUUAAUGAGUGGAACUCCUGGCAUUGGGAAAACUACCUCAGCAAAGUUAGUUAGUAAAAUGCUGAAAUAUGAGAUAAUAGAGGUUAAUGCCAGUGACAAUCGUGGAAAGGCAGAUUCCCAAAUUGGCAAGGGAAUUGGUGGAAGUACUGCUAAUUCUGUAAAGGAGCUUAUUAGCAAUAAAUCCCUUGGUGACCUGGAUAGGUUAAAGCACCCCAAGACAGUUCUUAUUAUGGAUGAAGUUGAUGGCAUGUCUGCGGGUGAUCGAGGUGGGGUUGCAGACGUAAUUGCUAGCAUCAAGAUCUCCAAAGUUCCAAUUAUCUGUAUUUGUAAUGACCGCUACAGUCAGAAGCUGAAAAGUCUUGUAAACUAUUGUUCUCUGUAUAAUUUCCGGAAGCCCACAAAACAGCAGAUGGCAAAGAGGUUGCUGCAGAUUGCUAAUGCAGAAGGGAUUCAAGUGAACGAGAUUGCUUUGGAAGAGCUGGCAGAGAGGUGUAAUGGAGAUAUGCGCAUGGCCGUGAACCAGCUGCAAUAUAUGAGCUUAUCCAUGUCAGUUAUCAAAUAUGAUGAUAUUAGGCAGCGCCUUCUUAACAAUGCUAAAGAUGAAGACAUAUCACCAUUCACUGCUGUUGAUAAGUUGUUUGGUUACAAUGGUGGGAAGUUGAGGAUGGAUGAACGGAUUGACCUGAGCAUGAGUGACCUUGAUCUGGUUCCUCUUCUUAUCCAGGAAAAUUAUAUUAAUUAUCGGCCGAGUUCUAUAGGGAAAGAUGAUAGUGGGAUGAAAAGAAUGAGCUCUCUUGCCCGUGUUGCUGAGUCAAUUGCUGAUGGAGAUAUUAUUAAUGUGCAAAUAAGGAGAUAUAGGCAGUGGCAGCUCUCUCAAAGCAGCUGUGUUGCUUCCUGCAUACUACCGGCCUCAUUGAUGCAUGGACAAAGAGAGAUAUUUAUGCCGGGUGAAAGAAAUUUCAACAGGUUUGGUGGUUGGCUUGGGAAGAAUUCAACUAUGGGAAAGAAUUUGAGGAUUUUGGAGGAUCUUCAUGUCCAUAUGCUUGCUUCUAGUGAUUCAUAUAUGGGAAGGGGAACAUUACGUACUGAUUUCCUUACACUUCUUUCUAAAAAACUAACUGAACCACUUCGGACUCUUCCUAAGGAGGAAGCUGUAAAAGAAGUAGUUGAAUUCAUGGAUACUUACUCAUUAAGCAUGGAAGAUUAUGACACGCUUAUGGAGUUGUCGAAAUUUCAGGGACACCCUACACCAACUGAUGGUAUACCACCAGCAGUAAAAUCUGCUUUAACAAAGGGAUAUAAAGAAGGUAGCAGUUUGCGCGUGGUGCGAACAGCAGACAUGAUCACCCUUCCUGGUUUGAAAAAGGCUCCUAAAAAGAGGAUUGCUGCUAUCCUGGAGCCGGUUGAUGAAAUUGGAGAGGUAAAUGGUGAUAUCAAUGAGGAAAAUGAGGAAGAGGACACUGAAGAUGCAGAAGGUUUGAAGGACGCUAAUGGUGCGAAAAAACUCAAGCUGGAUCUCGAGAGUAACCAUGCUAAAGGGAUUCAAGUUCAAGUGGACUUGAAAGGUGCUGGAAGCUCUGGCACCAAAAAGCCACAAAAGGCCUCGGCAGGAAGAGGCAAGGGAGGUGCUGCCGACCCUGGAUCAGGAAAGAAAGGUGGUCGUGGAUCAGGAUCUUCUGCCAGGAAAAAGAAAUGAUAGAGAUCAACCAUCUGAAGAUUGGGAAUUUGCUGGUUCAUUGUGUAAAUUGUGCUUCCUAUUUUUUCUCCUUUUUUGUUUAUACUAUUGUUAGGAUUCAGUGAUAUGCAUAGCUUUGGUGUAUUUUUUCCGAAGGGUUUAGCCUCGUUCAAAUUCUAAACUGCAGUUGCCCUAUCAAAGUUUUGUCUAUAUGUGCUGAUAGGAUGAGUUGCUCCGAGCUUAAAGCUAUGCAUUUAUGGACAAUAUUUCAAGGAGUAUGAAAUGAUCAUUCAGGUUUUUGGCCGGAACAUGAAA